GAAACUUUGGAGGUGGAACACUGAGUUUUUUGGGGAGUGGGGGAGAGUUGUCAAGAAUGAGUUGGAAAACAGAUCAAAAUGCACAACACUAAAUUUGUAAUGAAAUGGAGUCUGGGUCAAGCUCUUUUCGAGUGGAAUUUCCAGAUUUUUCUAGCACCAUUUUGCAGAAGUUAAACCAGCAGCGCCAGCAAGGACAAUUAUGUGAUGUGUCCAUUGUGGUUCAGGGCCAUCUCUUCAGAGCCCAUAAAGCUGUUCUUGCAGCUAGUUCACCUUACUUCUGUGAUCAGGUUCUCCUGAAAAACAGCAGGCGAAUAGUCCUGCCUGAUGUGAUGAAUCCCAGAGUAUUUGAAAACAUUCUUCUGUCUACCUAUACAGGUCGGCUGGUAAUGCCCGCUCCAGAAAUUGUUAGUUAUUUGACAGCAGCAAGUUUCCUUCAGAUGUGGCAUGUAGUGGAUAAAUGCACUGAAGUGCUAGAGGGGAACCCGACAGUUCUGUGUCAGAAGAUGAACCAUGGCAGUGAUCAUCAGUCGCCAAGCAGUAGUAGUUACAAUGGCCUUGUUGAAACCUUUGAACUUGGCUCUGGAGGACAGACGGAAUUCCACAAAGUGCAGGAACUAAGGGAUGGCGAAAAUGAAGAAGAGAGCUCUAAAGAUGAACUGUCAUGUCAACUGACAGAACAUGAGUACCUUCCCAGUAAUUCUUCAACUGAACAUGAUAGACUUAGCACUGGAAUGACAAGUCAGGAUGGUGAAGAAGGAACUAGCGAUAGUGCAGAGUAUCAGUAUACCAGACCUAUGUAUAGCAAACCCAGCAUCAUGUCUCACAAGCGGUGGAUCCAUGUGAAACCAGAAAGAUUUGAACAAGACUGUGAAGGUGUUGAUAAUCCUUAUGAUGAACACCAAGUUUCUGAAUCCAUGAAUGCCAUUCAGGCAGAUCAUUCAAUCCAGUCUUCAGGUGUUGAAGACUUUCAUAUAGGUGACAAAAAGAUGGAAGCAGAAUUUGAUGAACAGGCAGAUGAAAGUAAUUAUGAUGAACAAGUUGAUUUCUAUGGCUCUUCUAUGGAAGAAUUUUCUGGUGAAAGGGCAGAUGGAAAUUUAAGUGCUCACAGACAGGAUCUUAUGAUAGCAGCAGGCUAUGGUGAAGGCAUUGAAAUGGCUACGGGAAUUAAAGAAGAAACGUCCCUCAGUGGAUUCUCACAUGCUGAUAAGCUGUAUCCUUGUCAGUGUGGUAAAAGCUUUACACACAAAAGUCAGAGAGAUCGGCAUAUGAGUAUGCACCUUGGUCUUCGACCUUAUGGCUGUGGUGUCUGUGGUAAGAAAUUCAAAAUGAAACACCAUCUUGUAGGCCAUAUGAAAAUUCAUACAGGCAUAAAACCAUAUGAGUGUAACAUCUGUGGGAAAAGAUUUAUGUGGAGGGACAGUUUUCACCGACAUGUGACCUCUUGUACCAAGUCAUAUCAAGCUUCUAAAGCUGAGCAGAGUACUACUGAGAUGAACUAAGACAUUAGUGCUUACAUUUGUUUAGUAGAGUAAGCAAAAUAAACUAAUUAUGCAAAUAAUGUCUGGUACUUGCUAUUGUAAAUUCUCAAAAAAACAAGUUUUAAUGAUUAUGCUGGUAUAAGCAGACCAAACUUUUAUUUCAUUUUCCACAGUAUUACUCCAGGUGUUUGAUGUGUGAAGUGCAAAUGGUUAAUCUGAAAGGUGCUUGCAAAAUGAGGUCUGUAAGGUCUUGUGACAUUGACUGUAAUCACAGCAAUAUUUAGAAGCCCUGUUGUAUUUCUAAGUCUUCUAAAUUCACAGUAAAACUCAGCUCUAAAUUGACCCAAAUCCUGCAAAUACUUAUGUGAAGCAUGAAUUCAAGUAGCCCUACUUAAUGAAAAAGAGAACUAGGAUGAUCAAACCAGGAUAUAUGAUUCACAUUUUAAUGAAAAAAAUUAAAAUUCCACCUCAAACUGGAGACUGCUGACAUACUUAACAUGCAUCAUUAGAUAGUAUGCAUCAUUAGAGAGUCUACAUCAUUAAAUAGCCUUUGCUGUAUUGCUUAAUGAAAGGCUGUGUUAAAGAUGGUUUGGCUUUCCUUUAUCUGUCGUCCACUUUUUGUCCAUCUUCAGUAAAACAAAUGUUGUCUAAUUUUGUGCUGAUUUCUAUUUAGAGUCUGUAAAGCACUUAAAUACAGUUGAGCACUAUAUAAACUUCAAUCUGUAUUAGUAUAAUUUGUCUUUGCUCCUCUAGGGUCUAAUGCUCUAUGACUCUUGGCUUGGCUUGAUUUUGAUUGCUACAUCAUGAGAGCUUCUAGAAGUGUGUGUAAUAAGUAUGUCUUGUCAAAAAAAAAAAAAGUAAGAUGUAACAUUUGGAACUUACCCAAAAUCAUGAAACAUUUAAACUGUAGUUUUCUGCUCAGAUUUGUGGCUUACUACAGUAGCAAGUACCAAACUCUGUGGAUUCACAAAUUGACUCUUUAUUGGUACAAAAACUUCUUUGAGAACUUCUGUCUAGUUUUAGAAACCUGCUUUAGGAAAAUGAUUUAGUCAUUGAUAGAUAUUUAUACUUUUCUUUAGUCUUUGAAUAGUAAGAACUAUAAUACAGAUUCUUGGUACUGAACUACUGUGACUGGUUACACAUGAUCACAAGCAGCCGGAGUUGUUUACCUCUUCAAAUGAAGUUGCUUGUGGAAAAAAAGUAGAAAGUGUGGUAUUUGGAUCUGUUAAUGGUACUGCAGAACAUGGUACCAUGCUCAUGUCCGAAGUCUGGAUUUCUGCUGGGAAAGUGGCACUUCUGCUUCAUUAGGAUGAGGAUCUAUAUGCUGGGCUCUCAUUCUUGGAGAUAGAUGGAGGAGUGUUUGUAGUUCUGAGAGAUGCUGCCAGCUCUGCAGGUAGAGUGAAUGCAUCAAUUGUAAAGGUGGCAACAGGAUUUGGGGGUUGAAAGCUUAAUGCAGUCCUAUGCAAAAGCAAUUAACCCUUCUUUGUAGUUUACUGAAACAUGUUAUAAAAAGGAAAGAGCCUUUAGAGCAUAUAUAGACUAUAAUAGAAAGAGGUGAUGUCCAAGUACAGUGCUGGUAACAUGGGGAAAAACAUUAACCAGCAUCGAAGGCCUAAGCCUGUCUGGCCCCAAUUUAUAUAUUAGGUACUGCAAUAUGCAGGAUAAUGUAUUUAAACAGAUGACCCUGUAUGGUGAAGCAAAAACACAUAAAGGUAAUAACUAUUUAGAUGCUUUUUUGAACUCCCAGUUACAAAUUGUCUUAAGAUACAACCGAACUGUAUCGUGAACAUGAAUGUCUGGUACAAGCUGGGGGUUUACUACUCAGUGGGCUGUAAUUAUUGUAACUUCUUUUCUGGCAUUCUACUUACAAACUUUAAUUUUUUUAAGAGGCUCUUAAUUCUUAAUCUUCUAAUGCUUCAGAUAUUUUUCAUAUGGAAUUUUGUUAAAACAGAUUUUCCCAAAUAUGAUGAACCCAUUGCUGGCAAUGGGCAUGAAUGGUCAGCACCACAGAGUUCCUAUUCUUAGCACUUAAUUGAACUCUACAAUAUACCAUGGUGGCCAUAUAUAACCCUUGUAAUCAAGGUAACUAAACAGGGAUUUGCUCACUAACACUGUAACCUACUUAAUGUAUAGAAGCACUUUGUAUUUAAAAAAAAAACAAACCAUAAAACUUUAUAAGUAUGUUUUUUAAACUUAGAAAUUAUAUUCCCUUUAUGGUUUGUUUCCACACUGCUAACACUGUCUUUUUUAAUAUUAAAAAAAAGAAAUUGUAAUGCUUGCCUGUUUACAUGAGUGUAGAGGAAAGGGUUCUUGCACUCAGUGGCCCUAUUUUUCCAUUCUCCAAGGCCUUACUACAUACAGGGUGUCAUUUCUGCAAGUACCAUCAUCACAUUUGAGGGAAGGUAUUCUCAUACUCAUUUCAAGAAUGAUCUUGUAUAUUACAUUAGUUCUCAACCCCUUUCAAAUUGUCACUUCAGUGUUGCAUAAAAAGGUUAAGGGUGCCUCUUCCCAUUUAACCAUAAAAAAGGCUGGUCAGAAACACCAGGCUGAAAACCAUGGUCAAGCAAAAAAUUACUUCUGUUAAACCCAGACCAUCCUACAGAGCUGCCAGCAAAACUGUUUCUUUUACCAGCUUGGAAUGACUGUUAUAUGGGACAUUUCAAAGUUAAACAUUACUCCUAUUUGCAGUUAGAUUACUUUGAAAUAAAGCUUUAAAAUAAAACGUACUGCGAGAGACACUUUAAAGGUUUUAUAACAGGUCCAGUAGGUCAUAUUAUAGAACCAUGUCCUUUUUUAAUGACUUAGCGUGAAUAGUAACUUUUUAAUAUUUGCCUAUUACAGUUUUACCCCAUAUUAUGACAUUGUCUUGAAAGUCCAACAAAUGUUGCUCCACUGAUUUUUGUAGCCCUUGGCUUUCUGAUGUUAAUUCCCAUGAAACCAAUUGAUUGCAGAAAAAUACUGAUAUGAUUGUUAUGAGAUCUAGUUGAGAGGACUGAUGAUUUAAGGGAAGCUUGAGAUACAUGUCUAAAAUCCUUACUUUUGUUUAUCGCAGGCAAAACAGUUGAUUUUUGGUGGUUUUCCUGAAUUUAAUUUAUUGCUCUUUGACAAACUUCUAAUCACUGAUUCAGGUAUUGGGGGGG